AUGAAUUCAAUGAUCACAUCAACGGACCACCACAUCAUAGGGAACUACAACCACACCGGGAGUCCACCCAGUAAUAACAUCCAUGUCCUCCGACAAAUCCUAUUGAACUGGAAUUCCUCUGAACAAUACCCGGGUAUACCGAUGGAUAUACUGGAGAAGCUGUUAAACGGCACGAAUGUGACACUCGAGGCGCCGACACUACAGUCGCCGUUCUUUGAAUACAUGGAUACCAUAGCACUUAAGGUCUUCUUCUACGGGCUCUAUAUAUUGAUCUUCUUCCUGGGCAUCGCCGGCAACGCACUGGUAUGCUAUGUGGUGAUGAGGAACUCCUCCAUGCAUACCGUCACCAACAUGUUCAUCACGAACCUGGCCAUCUCAGACAUAUUCCUCUGCGUGUUUGCCGUCCCCUUCACCCCCUUAUAUCUGCUCACAUAUAAGGAGUGGGUCUUCGGCACAUUUCUCUGUCAUUUGGUUCCUUAUGCUCAGGGUAUGUGUCCAUUGAUUGCUUUAUUAUCCUCUGCGUGUUUGCCGUCCCCUUCACCCCCUUAUAUCUGCUCACAUAUAAGGAGUGGGUCUUCGGCACAUUUCUCUGUCAUUUGGUUCCUUAUGCUCAGGGAGUGGGUCUUCGGCACAUUUCUCUGUCAUUUGGUUCCUUAUGCUCAGGGCGUUUCGGUCUACAUAUCGGCGUUCACUCUCAUGUCGAUCGCAAUCGACAGAUAUUUUGUGAUUAUAUACCCAUUUAGGGCGCGAAUGGAAAUGAGAAUAUGUUUUAUUAUAAUCAUAACCAUAUGGCUGUCCGCGUGUCUACUGACCCUGCCGUACGGCAUAUUAAUGGGGGUCCAGGAGUACCCGGAGGUGCCGAUCACCUACUGUGAAGAGGAGUGGACUCACGAC